CACACGUGACCAGUCUUGUCCAACCAGCUGUCAGCAACAACAGGGCAAAGCGCGGGAGGGAGAGGCUCACAUGUAGCUCUUCAAACAGGAAGCUGGUUUUAGUUCACUUCUUUUAACCAUGUCCUUCAAACGACCGCGCUCCAGCCAUGUUAACAGCAGCUCACAGACCAGCGCCGCCAGCAGUUCCACGGACAGACAGUUCGACGGGGAGGCUCGGUUCGUGGAAGGAUCCAUACUUCGCAUCACCAUGAAAAACUUCCUAACCUAUGACCUCUCUGUGUUGCAUCCUGGACCUAAUCUGAACAUGAUUGUCGGAGCCAAUGGAACUGGCAAGUCCAGCAUUGUUUGUGCGAUCUGCCUGGGCCUGGCAGGCAAGACCGCUAUCCUGGGCAGAGGUGACAAGGUUGGGCUUUAUGUCAAACGUGGGUGCACUAAGGGAUUUAUUGAGAUUGAACUGUACAAGAUUGGUGGUAACGUGGUGAUUAACAGAGAGAUCCACGUGGAGAACAAUCAGUCUCAUUGGAUGUUGAACGGAAGACCCAGUAACCAGAAAACUGUGGAAGAGGAGGUUAAAGCUCUGCACAUCCAAGUUAGCAACCUCUGCCAGUUUCUGCCUCAGGAAAAAGUGGGAGAGUUUGCCAAAAUGUCCAAAAUUGAGUUGCUAGAAGCAACUGAGAAGUCAGUGGGACCACCAGAGAUGUACGAGUACCACUGUAAGCUCAAAAACUUUCGCAACAAGGAACGAGAACUGGAGAACGCUGUUAAAGACAAGGCCAGCUUCAUGGAGAAGGCCAAGCAGAGGCAUGAGAGGAACAAACUCGAUGUGAACCGUUAUUACGAAAAGAAGAGACAUCUUGACGUGAUCGAGCUGCUUAAGAAGAAGAAACCGUGGGUGGAGUAUGAGACCACCCGCAAGGAGCUGGAGGAUGUGAAGAGGGAGCGGGACGAGGCUAAAAGGCAGCUCUCUGCCCUGAAGCAGGCCCAGGCACCCAUGCUGAGGAAGAUCCAGCAGAUUGACGACAGACUGAAGCCCACUGACGCACAAAUAAAGGCUAAGACUACUGCCAUCAAAGACGCAUCAAACACAUGCAAACAGAAACAAGAUCAGUUGGAUCGAAAACACAAAGAGAUUGACGAUAUUAAACAAACACUGAAACUCAAGCAAACGGAGGAGGAGGACCAACAGAAGCGAAUAAGCUACACUAAAAGAACGAUCGACGACUUGAAGACAGAGCUCGCCAAAGUCGGCGAUCAACCAGAUGUGACCCCUCAGAUUAAUGCCAUCAAUGUUGAGCUGAGAAGCAUCCAGGUGGAGAGAGCCAAGAUGGAAGGAGUGAAGGCCGACCUGCGAAGGGAGAGGGACAACGUCUUUGCUGAGUCCAGGGCGUUGGAGAGGAAGCUCAAUGACAUGAGCAACAUGAUGAGGGCCAAAGAGGAAAAGUUGCGAUCACGCCACAGGGACACACAUUCUGCUCUUCAGUGGCUCCGACAGAACAAAAGUCUGUUUGUUGGGAAUGUUUAUGAGCCCAUGAUGCUGAUGAUCAAUGUCAAAGAUCCUCUUCAUGCCAAGUAUGUUGAAAGUCACAUCCCAUUCCACGACCUGCGAUCGUUUGUCUUCCAGAGGAAAGACGACAUGGAGAAGUUCAUGACUGAGGUCCGUGACAAAUUGAACUUGAAGGUGAAUUCCAUUUCUGCCCCGGAGGAAUCGUGUUCUAAAAAGAAGCCUUCCCUAAGUAUCGAAUCUCUGAGGCGUUUCGGGUUCUAUUCCUACCUGCGUGAGAUGUUCGAUGCUCCUGAUGAGGUCAUGAGUUUCCUCUGUAACCAGUACAAAGUGCAUGACGUCCCAGUGGGCAACGAUCAGACCAAAGCAUUGAUCAAAACGGUGAUUGAGGAGCCCUACCUCAAGGUGUUGUACACGACAGAGGAGAGGUACACGGUGAAGAGGUCUCAGUACUCUAAGAAGAUGAUCACAAGCAACUCUGCACUGAACCCUUCUCAGUACCUCAAUAUCACUGUGGAUGCUGAGGGAAAACAGCAGCUGGAGCAGCAGAUGAAGGCAUGUGAACUGAAGUUACGAGACAUUGAAGAACGGUUGAAGGCCCUGCAGAAGGAAGUCGCCGGCCUGGAUCGUCGAGAUAAUGAGUUGUUGGCAGAGAAGAAGCAUCUUUCUGAAGUCAAGGGCAAAAAGAGGCAACUGGAGCAGAAAAUCAGUACCAAACAAGACAGUCUCCGGCAGAUGGAGCACAGUGUCAUUGACCUGAGUGAGAUUGAGAAGGAGACUAAAGAGAAAAUUGCAGCUGUCAAUUCACAGAAGGUUUCCAUCGUUGCGGAGUUCAUGGCCCAAAUGAAGCUGAGAGCCAAGCUGACUAUACAGAAGGUGUACCUGGCUCUGGACACGGUGGGGCUGACGGAAGAGAAGGCCAAGCUGGAGAAUGACUGUAGAGCUGGUGUCUCAGAACUUAAGUCCUUGGAUCAAAAAUGCCAGCGUCUGGAGCAGAGGAAGGUUCAGCUGACAGAACAAUGCAAAGGCCUGUUGAAGAGAGGGAAGUCGAUCUGUAGGAUGCAGCCGAAUGAGUCCUUACCUGAAGACCUGUGUAACGCAUUCAGCAAGCUGCCAGACACACUGGAUGAGAUCGAUGCCAUGCUGAAUGAGGAGCAGUCCAGAGCCGAGUGCUUCACUGGCCUCAGUGAAAGUGUUGUUGACGAGUACGACAGAAGAGAGCAGGAGAUCAAAAAUCUGGAGAAAGAUCUGCAAGAUAAGAGCGACGCUCUAAACACCUACCGGCAGAGCAUAGCUGAGGCGAAGGAACGUUGGCUGACCCCUCUGAAGCAUCUUGUUGAACAGAUAAACGCCAAGUUCAGCAACUUCUUCCGCUCCAUGCAGUGUGCAGGUGAAGUCGAUCUGCACACAGAGAACGAGGAGGAGUACGACAAAUAUGGGAUCCGUAUUCGGGUUAAGUUUCACAGCAGCAGUCACCUUCACGAGCUGACGGCCCACCAUCAGAGCGGAGGAGAACGGAGUGUCUCCACUAUGCUCUACCUCAUGGCCCUGCAGGAGCUCAACCGCUGCCCCUUCAGAGUGGUGGAUGAGAUCAACCAGGGGAUGGAUCCUGUAAAUGAGAGGAGAGUCUUUGACAUUGUCGUCCGAACAGCCUGCAAAGAGACCACAUCCCAGUACUUCUUCAUAACACCCAAACUGCUGCAGAAUCUUCAGUACGCUGAUGAGAUGACCAUCCUGUUUGUCCAUAACGGUCCCCACAUGCUUCCUCCGAACCAGUGGGACGAGAGGGCGUUCAUCAGACGGGCGAUGAAGAGGAAAGCCCAGGCAUGAAUCUAGCCAGAAUGUACCAUGUACAAUUUACCAUUUUAACGACAGGGGUAUGAAAUUGUACUGACGAAGUUUUCCAUUUGAAAAGAGACGGACAUUUAGAAAACUGGUUUACUGACAGAAAAAUAAUCCUUGACCUGAUUUGUUGCAGCAUUUGCACAUUUGUUUGUCCAUGCAGCAACAGUUCUUUGCAUAUUUAUAUAUUUGAAUAAAAUGUUCUGCUGUUUCUAUCUAAAA